AUGCAGCACACUGCACAGUUACUCUGCAUGCCUCGUGCUUCAACAGUCUUUUUCCUUAAGUCCAUCCCUAGGAUGAGAAGCCAUGAGGUCAAGAGACACUCUGUGACAAUAAUCCUGCCAAUGCCACCUCGAAGCUCCACAAAUAAUCAUAAUAAAGUGGGCUCGGAAGGGAUGAAAGCGAAAUUGACGGGACGAUCUGAUCUGACCACCGAUGCACGAGGCACCAAUAACAGCAAACUAUGCCAACUCAGGGGUCUCCUGGUGGGAGAUUUUAUGGCCAUUAUAAACGCACAGCCUCAAGAAGGUCAGAGCCAUAAGGAGCGAAAAACAAUGGCAGUGGCAUUAUUUGUUAACGAAGCAAGGCAUCAGGUCAGGGAGUACGGUACUAUGCCGUGUGAAAUGAACAAUGACUGCAGGACAAAGGCGAGACAGGGGGCACCUUCUUUCGCGUUGAUGACAUUUGUCAAUUGGCCAUUUGUUGUUAAGCAGCGAUUACGAGGUCUGUGGCAGACGAUAAACAGAAGCUUGCAAACACCAACGAAACAAUCUGCGAUGGCAGCAAGGGAGCAGUGCAGGUGGCAUACGAUGACUUGGAGCAAUGUGCAUGUAGAUAGCCGCAGGAAACCCGAGAAAGAGUGUUUAAAAAUGCGGAGAUCGGUGAUUGAGAGAUUGGGAGACCUGCCAGCUGAAGGCUGA